CGUACUUUGUGGCUAGGUUAGGUGUUGAAUUCCAGAUAUAUUGUAGCAUAGUUGGUCCAUUGUGCUGGCUUAAAUAGGUGAUAACUCGGAAGAAACGGUGUAUUGAACAUCCGUGGAGAAAGAUAACAUUUUGUAACACGUUCAAUUAGCGAGCUAAACAAAGUGAAGUGAAAUUACGUGUGCCGCGCGUUGAAAACGGAAGCAGUAAAAAGUGAAACUAUUAGCUGUGACGACUGGCAAUCAGCAAAUGUAUAAGAGAAAAGGCGCACACAUAAAAGAUAAAAAUUAAGGAAUUUUCGCAGUCAAAAUAUUAAUUGAAAAAAGGCAGUGGAAAGUGUGCAAGGAGUUUUUACCAAUCAAUUAAGACAAUAAUUCAAUAUCGCUGUGCUCUGAACGUUUGGUCGGUUUUUAACCAAAAUUUAACUCUUAAUUAUAUAAUUGAUUUUUUUUAUUUGUUUUACAAACAAUUAAAGCAAUAGUUUUUCACAAGGAUUUACAACGAACUUAUUUAUUUGUAAAUUCGGAGCGACUUCUUGAAAUGACUUUUAAAUGCUGUGACUGAAAGUGCAAUUCUACAAUUUCUAUAAGACAAUCCACGAUACAAGACUUGAUGAAGUACGAACUAAAAGGACUUCAGAGCACCUGCGGCAUAUUUAAGUGAAUUGGAACAAAAGAACUUCGUUGACUGAAAAUAGCAACUAUCAAAUCAAACUAUUAACAAUAUUAAACAGAUAUUGGCGAAAAUUGUGGCAGAACAUCACCUACCUGUGAAAAACGAAUCGCAAAUACGCUGACACUUGAAAUUGCACGCCAACAUCCAGCGCACUCACGCUCCACACCUCGCCCCCAGCACACACACAUACGCACACAUGUGGAUCGUUGCAACAGCUGCGCUAAUCCAUUAGAGGCAACGUAUGUGAUUGACUGACAACUAAAACUAAAAUAUUUAUUCAUCAAUUGCGAUAAUUUGUUGUUUUCAACAAUUUCCUACCACGCCGCUACAUAUACAUACAUAUUUACCUUACCUGGCGCUUUUGCUUUUAUUGAAAAUUGCUGUUAUUGUUUUUACUGUCAGCGGCAAAUACAAUACGCAUUGUUGCAGCAAAAUUGUGAUUGCAAGUUACGACGGCAACAACAACAACAACAACAAGAGCAACGCGUCUCAACUUCAGGAAUUUCUAUUCAGAGUACACAUUUCGCACAUCGCCGCCAAAAUUGUGCUUAAACCGGAGAUUCGUCGCCAAAAUGAUAGGACGUCUAUUUCGUGCACACGGUGAAUUUUGUGCUUCCCAUCCGUGGGAGGUUAUUGUGGCGCUACUCACGCUGACGGCAUGUAUGCUGACAGUUGACAAGCAAGCCGGUGGUGGCGGCGUCGGCGCCGGCGUUGCCUCCAUGGCAGCGUCGUCGGCAACUUCCAGUCGACAUCGUCCCUGUCACGGUUGGAGUCAGUCGUGUGAUGGUCUGGAAGCCGAGUACAAUGCCGCCGACGUGAUACUGAUGACGAUUGUGCGCUGCACGGCAGUGCUUUAUUGCUACUACCAGUUUUGCAGCCUGCACAAGCUAGGUUCCAAGUAUAUUCUAGGAAUCGCUGGACUAUUUACGAUCUUCUCUAGUUUUAUCUUUACGACGACAAUAAUAAAGUUCCUUGGCAGUGAUAUGUCUGAUUUAAAAGAUGCACUGUUUUUUAUGCUCCUGGUUAUUGAUCUCACAAAUUCUGGCACACUCGCGCAAUUGGCGCUCUUCGGCACGAAUCAGGCCGAAGUGACGAAUAACAUAGCGCGUGGCUUAGAAUUGCUGGGACCGGCCAUAACCUUAGAUACGAUUGUGGAGACGCUUGUAAUUGGUGUGGGAACGCUGUCGGGCGUGCAGCGUCUCGAGGUGCUGUGCACAUUCGCCGUUAUGUCGGUGAUUGUGAAUUAUGUGGUCUUUAUGACCUUCUAUCCAGCCUGUUUGUCGCUGAUACUCGACUUGUCACGCAACGGCAUGGACAUGUCGUUAGUGCGCGCUAAGGCCAAAGACUCCAUACUAUUGAAGGCGCUGAACGAUGAAGAGCAGAAGACGAAUCCGGUAGUGCAACGCGUGAAAAUCAUAAUGACCACCGGUCUGAUGGUUGUGCACAUCUACAGUCGCAUCGUCUUCUCGAACAGUGAAUACGAGACGGUGGAUAAGAAAUUGACGCCGCAAUUGAAUUUGAAUGCGAACAGCAGUCGCACGGAGUCGGGUGAAAUUACGGAUAUGAUCAUCAAAUGGCUUACCAUGAGCGCUGACCAGAUUGUCAUACUAAUCCUGCUCAUUGCUUUGGUGGUGAAGUUCAUCUUCUUCGAACAUCGGCACGAGCUGCGUGAUCAACUGCGUCAGUCCACAGUCGCCCUUGUGGCAAAAACUUCCCAAACUCAAGCCUUGAACGAAGUUGAAGAGGCCGCCAUAGUUCCCCCAAUGACUGCCACUGUUGACGACUCGAGUCAAACCGAAAUUGUUGGCUCGCUGCCUGAGCUCACUGUUACGCCUCCCGGCGCAAACGUACGCAGCCAUCGCGCCCCACUAUUCACCAUCGAAGAGCAAAAUCUCGUAAAUGCAUACACACAAACCGAUAGCAUAACCGAUGUAAGCCAAUUGCUGCCACUGGUGAAGCGUCAGGUCGAACCACGGCCGCCGCGCUCACUCCAAGAAUGCCUACAAAUUAUUCAAUCCACCGAAGAGGGCUGCAGCGCUGCCAAUCUCACCGAUGAAGAAAUCACUUUAGUCGUUAAUAGCGCCAGUCAACACUGCCCCUUACACAAUAUCGAAUCCAUUUUGGAUGAUCCGGUGCGCGGUGUGAACUUACGUAGGAAAAUCAUUUUUGAGCGUGCCAAAGUACCAGCGGAACGCAUGGACUGCUUACCUUAUCUGCACUUCGAUUACCGCAAAGUGAUGAACGUCUGUUGUGAGAAUGUCAUUGGCUACGUACCCAUACCAGUGGGCUAUGCCGGCCCACUAUUGCUGGAUGGCAAUAGAUAUUUCGUGCCCAUGGCAACCACCGAAGGCGCACUGGUCGCUUCUACCAAUCGAGGCUGUAAAGCACUCUCGGUGCGCGGUGUCAUUUCGCAUGUGGAGGACGUGGGCAUGACGCGUGCACCCUGCGUGCGCUUCGGCAGCAUUUCACGCGCUGUGGAGGCGAAAAAUUGGAUUUACAAUGAAAAGAACUAUAAAAAGAUCAAGAGCGAAUUCGAUUCAACAUCGCGUUUUGGCCGCUUGAAGGAAUGUCUGAUCGCAAUCGAUGGUCCACAGCUCUACAUUCGAUUUGUGGCGUUGACAGGCGAUGCCAUGGGCAUGAAUAUGGUAUCCAAAGGUGCUGAGAUGGCGCUGAGAUGCAUCAAAAAGGAAUUCCCAGACAUGCAAAUCAUAUCGCUGAGUGGCAACUUCUGUUGCGACAAGAAACCGGCAGCAAUCAACUGGAUCAAGGGCCGCGGCAAAUGUGUGGUAACCGAGUGCAUCAUUCCGGCUCAAACCCUGCGCACUGUACUGAAAACGGACGCCAAAACGCUGGUGGAGUGCAACAAAUUGAAGAACAUGUCCGGCAGCGCCAUGGCGGGCAGUAUAGGUGGAAACAACGCACACGCAGCUAACAUGGUGACGGCCGUUUUCCUAGCCACCGGUCAAGACCCCGCACAAAAUGUGACAUCCAGCAAUUGCUCCACGGGCAUGGAAUGCUGGGGCCCGAACAAUGACGAUUUAUACAUGACCUGCACGAUGCCCUCAUUGGAGGUGGGCACGGUUGGCGGCGGCACCGGCCUGCCCGGUCAGGGCGCAUGCCUGGACAUGUUGGGCGUGCGUGGCGCUAAUCACGCGCAUCCCGGCGAAAAUGCAAAGAAACUGGCACAAAUUGUGUGCGCCACAGUGAUGGCGGGCGAAAUAAGUCUGAUGGCGGCGCUGGUCAAUAGUGACCUAGUUAAGAGUCACAUGCGUCACAAUAGGUCUUCCGUGGCUAUCGCAGCAAGCAGCAAAGGAAGUGCGCUAAAUGUAACGGUUUCGAGUUGCAGCAGCAUCAGCUAAGGCCCCGCGCAUAAAUCCCACUUGUUAACCCAACAGUUGUUAUUCAAAUCACAUUAUUGUGCGAACAUCAGUGGUACGCACAAAACUCGUUGAAAAGCACAACGGCAGCGCCGACUGUGGUCAUCUGAAGAGCGAUUGCGAAGUGC